AUGCGAGCAAUUCUCACCACUCUCUACAAUGGGCACGCCCACAUCUGGUCCUAUGAGACGCAGGCCAUCAUCAAAACCUUCGAGCUCACCGACGUCCCCGUCCGCGCAGGAAGAUUCAUCGAGAGGAAAAACUGGAUAGUAUGUGGCAGUGAUGACUUCCAACUGAGGGUUGUCAACUGGAAUACAAGCGAAAAGGUCAAGUCAUUUGAGGCACACCCAGACUACAUCCGCGCCAUUGUGGUACAUCCUGUGCUCAGCGUUGUCCUUACCGCAUCAGAUGAUAUGACGAUUCGCAUGUUCGACUGGGAAAAGGACUGGCGCUGUGUGCGCGAAUUCGUUGGACAUCAGCAUUAUGUGAUGGGGUUGGCUAUCAACCCAAAAGACACCAAUAUCUUUGCGUCAGCAUGUUUAGACCGAACCAUCAAGAUUUGGAGUAUCGACAAUGCAACGGCCAAACAAACAAUUGAAGCCCACGAAAAAGGGGUCAACCACAUCGACUACUACCCGCACAAUGACAAACCGUACCUGCUCAGCACGUCUGACGACAAGACUGUCAAGGUGUGGGACUACACUACCAAAGCUCUGAUCGCGACUUUGGAAGGACAUACUAGCAAUGUCAGCUUUGCCUGUUAUCACCCAGAGUUGCCUGUCAUCAUAUCCGGCUCAGAGGACGGGACUAUCAAGAUCUGGCAUGCCAAUACGUACCGACUGGAGCAAUCGCUCAGCUACGGUCUGGAGAGGGCAUGGUGCGUUGCCUAUCAACGAGGGAAGCAGGGAGUCGCGAUGGGGUUCGAUGAUGGUGCCGUUGUCGUCAAAAUGGGCCGAGAAGAGCCGGCUGUCUCCAUGGAUAACACCGGCAAGCUGGUCUGGGCACGCCACAACGAGGUUGUCUCUGCGAUUAUCAAGGGAGGAGAUGCUAGCGUCAAGGAUGGCGCACCCAUUGCCCUUCCAAUCAAAGAAAUGGGGACCACCGAAAUUUAUCCGACAACGUUAUCGCACUCGCCGAAUGGCAGAUUCGUCAGUGUCUGUGGAGAUGGGGAAUUCAUCAUUUACACUGCUUUGGCGUGGAGAAAUCAAGCCUUUGGUUCAGCACUUGAUUUUGCAUGGGCGUCACAUCAGAAUCCCACCGACUAUGCAAUCCGCGAAUCUAGUACCAGCGUCAAGAUAUUCAAAAAGCUCAAGGAGAGCGGAAGCCUCGAUGUCGGCUUUCAGGCUGAAGGGCUUUGUGGUGGGUUCCUGCUGGGUGUCAAGGGACAGGGUGGAAUUGGAAUGUUUGACUGGGAAACUGGAACUCUCGUUCGACGGAUCGAAGUUGAGCCCCGGGAGGUUUACUGGAGUGAAUCGGGGGAACUCGUCGCUCUCGCGUGUGCCGAUACAACAUAUGUUCUCCGCUUCGAUCGAGAAGCGUAUCUCGAAGGCCUCAACUCCGGCCAAGCAGACGAGGACGGUGUCGAGGCUGCAUUUUCUGUGGUGACCGAUCUUCAAGAAUCUGUCAGGAGUGGUGAAUGGGUCGGCGAUGCUUUCCUCUUCACCACCACGACCCGCCUCACCUACUUGCUCGGUGAGCAGGUCGUACACAUUGCACAAUUCGACCAGCCCAUGUACCUGCUCCGCUACCUACAACGAGAUGAACGAGUGUAUCUGUGCGACAAGGACGUCAACCUCGUGAGUUAUCGGCUGUCAACUGCCUUGCUCUCGUAUCAGACACUUGUGUUAAGAGGCGAAAUCGAGGCAGCUCAGGAUCUGCUGCCUGAAGUCCCUGCAGAUCAAAUGAACAAGAUCGCCAGAUUCCUUGAAGCGCAAGGCCACAAGGAAUUAGCUCUUGAAGUCGCGACUGAUCCUGAGCAUCGCUUCGAACUUGCCCUGGGUUUGAACAAUCUUUCGGUCGCUCUUGAACUCGCUCGCGAGGCGGAUAUGCAGGCCAAAUGGUCCGCUGUUGCAGAUAAAGCACUUGAAGCCUGGGAUGUGAAGCUUGCCGAGGAGUGCUUUCUCAAUGCCAAGGAUCUGGGCAGCUUGCUUCUGCUAUACACCAGCUCAGGCAACAAAGCAGGACUGACCAAACUAGCACAGCAGGCCGAAGAACUGGGCAGCAACAACAUCGCCUUUGCGAGCUGGUGGUCUACCGGCGACGUUUCUGCCGCCAUCGAGCUACUCAAACGCACCGGCCGCAUUAGCGAGGCUGUCUUGUUCAGCCAGACAUAUAAGCCCACGAAGACACAAGACCUGGUUCACGAAUGGAAGGACAGCUUGGAAAAGCAGGGUAAAGGCAAGGUCAGUCGCUUGCUGGGUGUUCCAGGGGAAGACGACGAUUUGUUCCCUGAUUGGGAUGAGUAUAUCAAGCUUGAGGUUGAUACCAGCGCAAAAGCCCCUGCGACGGCCGAUCUGAUCGAUGUCAACGGCGAUGAGGCGCCUACCACGAAUGGCACCGCCAAGACCGAUAGUGAAGACGCCGAAGACGCUGCUGAGGAGGCCGAAGCGUAA